AUGGGAGAUUACAAUGCUGUGUUAAAUGACCAAGACAGACAACAUGGCUCUAUGAUACAAGAUAUGGAGACAAAAGAUUUCAAGGAGUUCAUGAAGGAUACUGAGAUGAAUGAGUUACAAACUGUGGGAAGGGAAUAUACCUGGACAAAUAAUCAUACUUAUAGCAGAAUAGACAGGGGAUUGGUUAAUGCUAACUGGAUGCUGACAAUGCCAAGCUUGAAAAUACAGGUGCUAGAACCAUCUGUGUCUGAUCAUUCUCCACUUAAACUAAUGGUCACACAGAUACAGAGGAAGAAGAAUAGGCCAUUUAGAUUCUUUAAUUGUAUAGUAGAUCAUCCUCAAUUUAUACAACAUGUUGAGCAAGUAUGGAGUGUAGAUGGAACAAAGGGAAUGAUGCAGGAAGUAUGCGAUAAGCUCAAAAGGGUUAAGGAGGUUAUAAAAGGGAUAAACAUACAACAUUAUCAAGGGGUGGAAGAUAGAAUUAAAGAAGCUAGGAAAGAGUUGCAAAUUGUUCAAGAGAAGAUGAGUGAUAGAAUGCAACAGCCAGAAUUAAUUGAGAAGGAGAAAACUUUAAGAUGUGAAUUAGAAAAAUGGACACCGAUUGAAGAAAAUAUCUACAACCAAAGAUCCAGAGUCCAAUGGCUGAAACUGGAAGAUCCAAACUCUGCUUAUUUCUUUGCACAAAUGAAGAACAUGAAUAACUUGAAUGGUAUUCAGGCUCUAACAAAUGACUUGGGGAUUCAACUAAUGCUGGAAGAAGACAUAGAGGCAGAAAUAUCGGGAUAUUAUAAGGAAUUGUUGGGUUCAAGAGCAGCAAGUAUCCCUGCUAUAAAUCCAAAUGUCAUGAAGAUGGGAGCAGUAUUAAGUAGGGAGCAGCAGUUGAAACUUAUCCAACCAGUGACUAAGGAGGAAGUUUGGUUAGCAUUGAAGGAUAUUAGUGACCUAAAAGCACCUGGCUAUGAUGGACUUAAUGCAGUGAACCGGCAAGCAAUGGCCAUCUCGGCAGGAGCGAUCCCGCUCUAG